AAGUUAUUAAAUGAAGGCGCACCCGGGGAGCCUGUAAGGAGAGAGCCGUGUCUUCUUUCAGCGCUUGUAAUAAAGUCUUUUAAACUGAAGAUAGUUAAGGACAGAUGCGGCGCUCAAAGCGGUUGCGCCGUUCGGCUGGCAGGACGGAGGAGUGGAGCUGGGAGGAGGAAGAAGAGAUAAGGGUUGAGACCUGCAAGUGUCCAAAGAGGAGCUCAUGCACCUGGGAGAGAGACAGGAGACCUGGACGCAACCACCACUACAGAACAUACGAAAGGAGUCACAAGAGCAGUAAGGGACUGGAUUCCUUAGAAAGCAGAUUACAAAUGCCCAGUCUGGAACUGCAAAGCUGUGAGGACAGAGCCAAGUACCAAGCUGCUCCUGAGCGGAGACAGAACGGAAAACAACACUGGCACCAGUACAGCAGAUCUUUGGCUCAUGAUGGCUGCGCUCAUUCCAGUAGCAGAGAACGCAAUUGUUCCCAGCCACAAAACAGCCACUCGCACUUGAAAAGUCCUCGCCAGAAAAGAACCAGAAGUUUUGAGGAUGAUGAGGAGGGUCACCUGAUCUAUCAAAAAGGAGACAUGCUAAGAGCAAGAUAUGAGAUUGUAAGCACUCUAGGGGAAGGAGCCUUUGGAAAAGUAGUAAAGUGCAUUGACCACUCACAGGGUGGUAUGAAAGUGGCUCUGAAGAUAAUCAAAAAUCUGGAGCGAUAUCGUGAAGCAGCUCUGACAGAGGUGGAAAUCUUGAAACAGAUGAUCUCCUUAGACUCUGAAAAGAAAAUUGCUUUCGUGCGGAUGCUCGACUGGUUUGAUCACCACGGCCACAUCUGCGUUGUGUUUGAGCUGUUAGGACUAAGCACCUAUGACUUCCUGAAAGAGAAUGACUUUAUGCCCUACAGUGUGGACCAGAUCAGGCACAUGGCAGAUCAGAUCUUCAGAGCUGUACACUUUCUUCAUCAGAAUAAACUAACACACACUGACUUGAAACCUGAAAACAUUCUGUUUGUGGACUCAGACUGUGAUGUAAAAUACAAUGCCAAAUUGAAACGAGAGGAAAGGAAGCUGAAGAAACUUGACGUAAAGGUGGUAGACUUCGGAAGUGCUACGUACGAUCAUGAGCACCACACUUCAGUGGUGUCGACACGCCACUACAGAGCACCUGAGGUCGUCUUAGAGCUGGGCUGGAACCAAGCAUGUGAUGUUUGGAGUUUGGGCUGCAUUCUGAUGGAAUUCUAUCUGGGAUUAACUUUAUUUCAGACUCAUGACAGCAAGGAACAUCUGGCCAUGAUGGAGAGGGUUUUUGGCCCCAUACCUGUCCACAUGCUCCAAAAAACAAGUAAGCAGCACUACGUUCAUCGUGGCAAGCUGGACUGGGAUGAGCACAGCUCCUCUGGCAGAUACGUGAGGAAGCACUGCAAGCCACUAAAGCAAUACAUGGCAACCAAGAGCUCCAAGCAUGAGCAGCUGUUUGAUCUGCUACAGAAAAUGAUGAAAUAUGAUGUGUCCAGGCGCAUUACCUUGGAGGAGGCCAUCAAACAUCCGUUUUUCACACAGCUUUGAAGGAGAGUUCAAAGCCUGCUGGUUAACUGUUACAUUUGGACUCAAUACAACUCCUAUGGAGACUGCUGCUGACUGUAUCAGUCUGAUCUAAAGAUUCAAUAAAUGAAUUACAGCUUAAGCCUUAAAGCUACAAUAUUUAGGGCCAUUGGGUGGCGCAGCGGUAAAGUAUGCUAGUCCACUACGGUGCUAUUGGCCGAUUGGGCAUUUGAGGGUGCAUGAUUGGCCAAAAAGGGGGCGAGGGGUUGGGGAUAGCCAAAACAGCCUAGCUAUUAAGAGGUGCAGUUGUCAGGUAUAGUAUCAACUGAGACCUCUCUGGUGCAAAUAUGGGCUUGCGAGCAAGUUGCAUGAGAACAUUUUAUGAUCUGGUUGUCCAGUGCAGAAUAUUUUUAUGGUUGCAAGCAGCAUGUCAGUCAUGUGUAAUAUCUGAGUAGUGCCUAACUCUGUUUACACCAUUAGCACUUUUUUCUGCUUUUUUAUUUGCCUGUGGCUGUUCUUUUGGUUGGUGAAAAGGGAAAGCGCAUGAUCACUGUUUCUUUUAAACUGUUGUUUAUUUCAUUAUACCAACAACGUAACCAGUGAUUGCCCAGUAAUAUAUAGCUGAACACUGAACAACCAAAUUACCUGCUGGUCAUUUCUUUUUUUUUAGGCCAGCUUUGGUGUAUUAAGGCUAGCCCUAAUGCCAAAAUGGUAUCAAAUCCUGUGUAACACCAAAACUCAUACUUCCAUAUUUCUUAUCUAUUUUUAUUUAAAAUUGUAUUGUGUGUUUUGCUGCAAUAAUUAUUUAUCCAGUGAUUUAUUGUUUUAUGAAGACAGUAAAAUAUUAAAAAUGCAA